GCUGUUCAAGGGGCGAGUGGGGUGGGCUUGGGUGUGGGUGGCAGGUGAGUGAAGCAGGGCCAGGGGAGGAUGCAGGAGAAGGAGGGCCUGGGGAGGGUGUGGCAGCCGUGGGAUCCUAAGACUUUUGAACCCGAGGCGGGGCAGAACUUAAGGUCCAUCACUCCUGGGAGCCCUUUGUGAGCCCAUCAUGGGGUGUCGCCUCUUCCCCCAGCAACAGUGACUCACAAAGCAGGCUGGCGCCGGGCAGAUGUCCCCUCCCCUGGGCCCUGGAAGGCCCAGGUCACAAAGGCCAUCAGGGUCAAGCCCUGAGGAGGCAUGUCCCAAGACAGCCCUGUGCGCGCUCACCCCUGCAGCCGCCCCCCCAGGCCGGGCCUGGGUCUCCCGCCGCGACCCCAGGCCGGUGACUGGGCGUUAGGGCUCGCGCUGAGCGCCGGGUAGCCUCGACGCCCAUGUGCGUCGUUUGCUUCGUGAAGGCGCUGGUGCACGUGUUCAAGAUCUACCUGACCGCCAACUACACCUACAACUUCCGCAGCUGGCCAGUGGACUUCCGCUGGGAUGACGUGCGCACCGCAGGCGGAGGCGGCAGCGGUCACCGCGCGCUGACGUGCGCGGCGGCCGCGGCGGGCGUAUGGCUGCUGCAGGGCACGGCGCUUGGCCGGGACGCGCCGGGGCGUCCGCUGCGCGGGUCGCGCAGCCAGGCGCAGUGCCUGCUGCAGCAGAUCCGCGAGCUGCCGGGCCAGCUCGCUAGCUACGCGCUGGCCCACUCAUUGGGCCGCUGGCUCGUGUACCCCGGCUCCAUGUUCCUGAUGACGCGCGCGCUGCUGCCGCUGCUGCAGCAGGGCCAAGAGCGCCUCGUGGAGCGCUACCGUGGCCGGCGUGCCAAGCUGGUGGCCCGUGACGGCAACGAGAUCGACACCAUGUUCAUGGAUCGCCGCCAACACCCGGGCAGCCACGGCCGCGGCCUGCGCCUCGUCAUCUGCUGUGAAGGCAACGCCGGCUUCUACGAGAUGGGCUGCCUGUCCGCGCCACUGGAGGCCGGCUACUCCGUGCUGGGCUGGAACCACCCGGGCUUCGGGGGCAGCACGGGCGCGCCGUUCCCACCGCACGACGCCAACGCUGUGGACGUGGUGGUCAAGUACGCGCUGCAUCGCCUGCACUUCCCGCCUGCGCACGUAGUGGUCUACGGCUGGUCCAUCGGGGGCUUCACGGCCACCUGGGCCACCAUGACAUACCCAGAGCUGGGUGCGCUGGUGCUUGAUGCCACCUUCGACGACCUCGUCCCGCUGGCCCUGAAGGUCAUGCCCCAGAGCUGGAAGGGACUGGUGGUGCGCACCGUGCGGGAGCACUUCAACCUCAAUGUGGCCGAGCAGCUGUGCCGCUACCCUGGGCCGGUGCUGCUGCUUCGACGCACGCAGGACGACGUGGUCAGCACCUCGGGCCACCUGCGCCCCCUGCCGUCCGGCGACGUGGAGGGCAACCGCGGCAACGAGUUGCUGCUGCGCUUGCUGCAGCACCGCUACCCCAGCGUGAUGGUGCGCGAGGGCCUCGCCGUGGUGACCCGCUGGCUGCGCGUCGGCAGCCUGGCUCAGGAGGCCGCCUUCUACGCGCGCUACCGCGUGGAUGACGAAUGGUGCCUGGCUUUGCUGCGCUCCUACCGCGCGCGCUGCGAGGACGAGCAGGAGGAUGAGGAGGCCUGGGGGCCCCACGGCCUCGCCUUCCCCUGGCUAGUGGGCCAGGGCUUGAGCCCGCGGCGGCGCCGGCAGCUCGCGCUGUUCCUGGCGCGCAAACACCUCAAAAACGUGGAGGCGACUCACUGCAGUCCGCUGGAACCGGAGGACUUCCAGUUGCCCUGGAGGUUGUAGCCUGAGCCCCUGCGGCAGCUGGCGUGUUCGCGCAUUCGUGCACCUUCAGGGCCUUGGUCCAUUCCCUCCCCACACCUCAAAGCAGUAAAGCUGGCCCGCUUGGGGAUCCCGACUUGGUGUUCUGGGGGAAAGUGGGGCAGUACAUAAGGACCUGGUGCUCUCCCUCACUGGGGCCUUCCCUCCUCUUUUUUGUCUCUUUCUCCCUCAAACACUGUGGACGUCCCCAUCUGCUCUCAGCUCCUAAAAGGGAAUGCAAAGAUUAACCAGACCCAGUUUAUGGUAAUGCUGUGUGAUGGGCGCCUUGAUCACCUCCAAAGGAUGGUAGGAAUACAGGUUGUGAGACCCCAGGAGGUGCUCUGCACCUGGCCUGGGUUGCAGGAUGUCUCUGGGAAAGAUGAGUGUUGAAGGGUCUGCACAAGUCGCCCCAGGCUAUGAAAGCACAUUGGCGCUGGAGGGCUGUAAACCAGGUCUUGGCAGCUGGACCUUCCCAGGACUGUGAUGCUGCUGCUCCAUAGGGUCCCCUCCCCACCUCCACACUCCUGGCUUCUAGAGGAAGGGGUUCACUGUGGGACCAUAGACUGAGUAGCAGGUAUACACAGUGGCAUGUCUAAGUGGGGCUACAGACACACCUGCACCAACCACUCAUUGCUGGGUGUCCCCUUGAGCCACACUUGGGCUAGGCUCUGUUCCUGGCUCAGAGAUGCAAUGCAGAAUGAGAGACGAGCCCUCUGCUCACUACUAUGUGUAAUGCCAUUGCUUCCUUACCAUCUGCCAUGAAUUGCAUGAAGCAGGGACUACUGGCUGUCUCCAGCCUCUGGGGACAGAGGCUGGCUAAGGUGGGUUGAGCAAGAAGCUCUGGAAAAACUGAAAGAAGGCAAGUGGAA